AAAUCGCCAACAGCCAGCCCCACACUGUUGUCCCCGGACGGAACUCACCCCAAAUCCCUGGAGAGAGGCGACUCUGUGGAUUUUGAUCAGCCAGUGGAAGUGGAUCCGCUGACAAGUGCCAUCAAGGACAGACCCAAGCUGAACAGAAGACGACCACCAAGUCGUAAAGCUCGCAUGCUGGCAGCUACACACACAGGCAUUAGUUUCGAGGACACCACCCCAACAACACCCACAACUCCUUCUAUCCCUGAAGUUCCAGACGGUUUUCAAGACUUACCUCCUCCUGACGCUGUUAACUCGCCCAGAAAUACUACAGAUGAACAGAACAACGAUUCAGGAGCAGAUAAAUCAGAGAAGCCCCUGACAAAAUCAGAUCUGUUUGGUAAUGAUGACUUGUUGGAUGGCCGGUCACUCUCUGCAGGAAAGAUGCAAGUUGGUGGAGAUGAGCAGUCUGUGACAGGAAGUGACUUGUUUGGAAAAGAGUUGUUUGCUGGCAAGAGUACAAAGUCAUCCAGUGAUGCUGCCAGUGAUUUGUUCUCUGAUUCCUCAGUGUCUGCAGCCAGUGCUUCAACAGUUACAUCAAAGACCUCUGUCACAUCAAAGACCUCUGUCACAUCAAAAACCUCUGUCACAUCAAAGACAUACACAUCAAAGACCUCUUACACUUCAAAGAGCUCACUCCCACCGAAGACCUCAGAACUACAAGAGAGAGAGAGAGAGAGAGAGAGCAUUAAUCUGUUGAUCUUCUGUGUGCCUGGUCACAAAACUUGUUGUUUGUAUAUCAAAGACUCCAAGAGCACCAGGUCCAGGAGGGCAGUGACCAAGGACGCCAAGUUGUUCAGUGACACAACGGACAUAUUUAGUGAUAUCCCCGCGGCCAGCUCCAGGGAAACCAAACAGAAAGUUGUCGUCAAGAAAACAACAGAGAAGAAAUCUGUCCUCAAAGACGAUGUCGACGACAUAUUUGCCGGCACCUCGGCUGCCAGUAUCAAAUCAAAGAGUGAGACUAAGAAACAGGUGACCAGAUCAGCUGCUGUCGAUUCUGACAAUAUUUUUGAUGACCCACUUAGUUGA